GAAACAUCCCACCCAUAGCCUUUAAAUCUGUGCAGUCCAGAUACUCAUGCUUACUGAGUCUUCCAGAGGGUCAAACAAACAUCCAAAAUGCCUGUCGACUACAGCGGCACAUGGGACAUUUGCAGCAAUGUCAAUUUUGAAGGAUACAUGGUUGCACUUGGCAUUGAUUUUGCAACACGCAAGAUGGCCUCGUUGUUGAAGCCCCAGAAAGUGAUUAAGCAAGACGGAGACUGUUUCACAAUCAAGACAUUCACUACAUUCAAGAAUUACGAGUGCUCGUUCAAAAUUGGAGAAGAGUUCAGAGAGGUGACUAAAGGAAUGGACAACAGGUCAUGCCAGACUAUGGUCAACUGGGAAAAUGAAAAGCUGGUGUGUGUUCAGAAAGGAGAGAAGAAGAACCGUGGAUGGACUCACUGGAUUCAGGGAGAAGAGCUUCAUCUGGAACUUACUUGUGGGGAUCAAGUCUGCAAGCAGAUUUAUAAAAGGACACAAUAAUCUUGUCUUUUUUUUAAUUCAUUUUAGAUCUCAAAAGACAGCAUUUGAAGUAUUUACAUGAAAUGGUGCUACCUAGCAUAAUCCACAGUGUAGCUCCUGGACCUGCAUCAGAGCAUGUGAUUUGACUGCUACGUGUUAUUAAAUGUUUAAACGUUGUAGUAUCUCCCCCAAACCGCACGGUGGGGCUAUACAACCUGUACACUGAAAAAGGAAAUAAACUCAAGCGUUGUUGGUUUGUUUGUUCA